CGCCCCUCCUCCUCCUCCAGCUAAGCGGUUAGCUAAGGCAGCAACAGUAGCUACUUAGCCAUGGAGUUCCAGUCAUCACAGGCACAGUUUGCCUUGGACGCACAGUCGUCAUCCAUGUCCAUGCUUAGUGCAUGGGACAACUCGCAACAGCGUCAUCCUCAGCCUCAACCUCAGCCUCAGCCCUACCUUCCGGUCCGUCGCCAACACUUUGCAUACAACGGCUUUCCAAUCUCGCCAGUAUCUCCGUCUUCAUCGCCUCAAGAGAACAUGAUGAAUAACAUGGGUAACCAGCUGUGGACGCCGCCGACGGUGACCGAGAUAGAGCUAAUGCAGCUGCGGCGGGGAUUAGAGCCACCUAUUCCGGCGGCAACUGCGUGCGUAGCCGAGCAUGAGCCGGCCAAUCAACAGGCACAUUUCAACUUCGACUUCGACUUUUCCCUCCCACACAUUUCUCUCCCGCAACUCCCGCUUCCUCAAUAUCAACAACGCCAACAUCACCAACAGCAGCGCUGCUCACCGCCUCUCCCAACGCCCACCUCGCCUUCUUCUUCGACAUUAUUUGCUACGCCUCCCGUCACUCCUCCGCGAAACAUGAGCUUCCGCCGAGAAUCACCCUCGUCUUCGCUGAAGCGUUCCUCUUCUGACGACCAGUCGGAUACCUCGACAGCGCCGUCGACAGGUACUACGAAGAAACGUGCAUGCAUGAGCAUGAAGGACUUUGUGCCACCCGAUGUUACUGGCCUGUCAAAACGCGAAGCGCGUCUUGUCAAGAACCGUGCUGCUGCGUUCCUUAGCCGACAGCGUAAACGUGAAGAGUUCGAACUUAUGGAAAUACGCGUUGCAGAACUUGAGCGAGAGAACGUCCGGCUGCGCGAGCUUGCCGAUGGACACACUCCCUCCUCUCCCUCCCCAUCCUCCGAAUCCUCUGAACUCGAGCUACUUCGCAUGCAGCUCCAGUCUUCCCGCCAGCGCGAAGUCGAGCUAGUGCACCGCCUUGAAGUUCUUAAACACGAACAGAAAGUCAAGACAGAAGCAAGCGAGCCGACUCUCAGCGACGGAACCAAUUCAGAUGCAGGAACCAAUUCGCCAUUCAUGGCGCCUGUCUCGUUCAAGAACAUUGUUGCAAACCCUAAAGGUGGCGCGAGCCUCGGACUUAUGGUUCUACUUUGCGCCUUGCCAUCUCUUCUUUCGCAUCCAUCUUCACAACCUCGUUCCACGCUUCCUACUUCUCAGUCUUUCUUGGACACAAUCCAAUGGGAUAAUCCGUCUUUCUUCCCUGCUGCAACUUCUGGGAAUGACGAUGUCCCGUCAUGGGAUCUUGAUUACCCUGGUCCCAACUCGGGUUCCAGUGGUAUAGCGAUGGAUGUUGACUACAACGAUGUCGCUAAUACCAACGAAGAUGAAGAAUGGAAGAAGUUGGAACUAGGGCUUGAGGGUGCUAAUGACAUGGGUCUAUCAGGCCUUGGCUUAGGGGCGCUUGAUAUUUCGUUUGCAACCCGGCGAACAAGAGACGGGAAGAUCCGCGUCCGGGUCCACUCUUCACCAUCGACAUCUUCACAGUCGUCUUCAUCAGAGCCAAUGCCUCAGUCGAAUACCGAGCAGGCCACACUAUCUGUCAAUGAUCAAUCGAAUACGGCGCUUUCUUUGCCCUCGCCGCCUCAAUCAGAAACCGACGCUGUAUCACAUCCAGACGGAUUGGUCAACCCGCUAGCAAUGUCCUUUGUCGAUACAGAUCCACUAGGCCCCUUCCUAGGUGCAGGAUCCUCACCCACGGGUGCAUUCUUUGAGUACCCCAACCAGAAUAACUUCACUCUUCCUUCCGACAUUUCCGGAGCCGAUAUCGUGAAUGGUACUGAUGGAUUAAGAGCAGGGGAGCGGCGCCGCGUUCGUAUUGCCCUCCGGAGUUUUCCGCAACCUGGUGGCGAGGGCGGCGAGUGGGAGGUUGAGGUGCGAUGAUUUCGGUUUCUCCGUUUGAUUUUCGAUUCUAUUGCCUAUUUUGGACUUUCUUCUCUUCUUUGUUCAUAUCGUUGCAUUCUUGUCCUCGCUUCUUGUGCAUAUUUCUUGUUGUCAUUUCAUUUUGCUAUGCUGUGAAAGAUAUGUUUUAUGCCCUGUCGGAUCGGAUUUCUUUCCUUUCUUCUCCUUCACCCGAUAUUUUGUCAAGAUACUGUUUCUUGAGUGCUGAGAUGCACAUCGUACAUCGUACAUUUUAUUUCUACAUCUUACUCUUCACCAUGUUUAUGCUCUGUUUUGCACAUGCCACCACUCAUCAUCUCCCUGUUCAUCGCAUUUGCUAUCUGUCUAUCACGACCAUCAGAAAUUAUUAUAUUUCCGAAACUCUUCGGUAUUUCGCGGUUGACAUAUAUUCCUCACUAUCUGGUAUACCACGUCUAUACACAUCUUUGUUAUAGCUUUUUGACAUUUGACAUUUCUCGUAAAGAUGUAUUUAUCAAAAGAGCAUCUGUCAUUAGCAUGACUAGUACUGUUCUUAGUUUCCUUAAAAUUUUUGAAUGACGUUCUGGUGUCGUUUGGGUGGUAG